UGCUAUAACAACAACUGCUUAAUAUACCUCUCGAGUAAGAAAGGUUCAGAAUGGUUUCCUCAGAAAUCUAAGCGCUAUAAGCAGAUAGCAAUAGCAGAGCGAGGAUAUACGCUCAGCACAACUACAAGCAGCAACAACUCGAACUGCUCCGAUAUUACUGAAUGA